AUGGCGGCGAAGACGGCAAACGCCAAUCGGGCGUUCAACCUCCAUCCUUUCUCCACGAAUCCGCUCAAGUCGCGCGACGAUGUCGUUGCCGCCGUGGGCUCACUGCUGGAUCCCCUCAUUCCGGGUUUCUCACCCAACAAUGCUUUGAUCAAGGUAGGCAGCACAGGUACACGCUUCGAUGAGACAGGUGCGCAGGUCGAAGGCUUCGCUCGCCCGCUAUGGGGCCUUGCGCCUCUGUUAGCUGGGGGUAACAAGUAUGCUGCAACGGACAAGUUUGUCCAAGGCCUCAUUUCUGGGACGGAUCCUGAGAGUCCGGAGUUUUGGGGGUAUAUGGAGGAUACGGAUCAGAGGAUGGUGGAGGCGUGUCCGAUUGGAUUCACGCUUGCGGUUGCGAAUAAAGAGUUUUGGGAUCCGUUGACGGAGAGGCAGAAGAAGAAUGUAGAGACGUGGUUGGGGAGUAUGAAUGAUAAGAAGAUGCCGGAUACGAAUUGGCUCUGGUUCCGCGUCUUCGCCAAUCUGGGCCUCGAGAGGAAUGGCGCAAAGUGGUCGAAAGAGCAGCUGGAGAAGGACAUCAAGCAGCUGAACACGUACUACCGCGGCGACGGCUGGUCCAACGACGGACCUGAUACCUACCGCCAAAUGGACUACUACUCCGGCUCCUUUGCAAUCCAAUACCUACAACUCCUCUAUUCCAAACUCGCCGCAGACAUCGACCCAGAGCAAGCUGCAGAGUACAAAGAGCGCGCACGCAUGUACGCCCAGGACUUCGUCCACUUCUUCGACCCCGAAGGCCGCGCCAUCACCUUCGGCCGCUCACUGACCUACCGCUGGGCCAUGGUCGCCUUCUGGGGCGCAAUCGCGUACGCAGACCUCGAGCUGCCCGCCCCCCUCUCCUGGGGCGUAGUAAAAGGAAUCUGGAUGCGCAAUCUCCGGUGGUGGACAACGCAACACGACAUUUUUCAAUCCAACGGCAUGCUCACGGUAGGUUACUCGUACCCCAACUACUACCUCGCGGAGAACUACAAUUCGCCUCAAAGCCCGUACUGGUGCAUGCUCGCCUUCGCCUGUCUCGCAGUACCCGAAUCCCACCCCUUUUGGUCCGCGAAAGAGGAACCGCAUCCAUAUGCCAACACGCGCGUUGUGCGUCCGCUACCUCACCCCCGCCAAAUCGUGUGCCGCUCAGGCGGCCACAGCUUCAUGCUUUCCUCUGGCCAAUCCUGCCACUACGCCAUCAAAAACAGCAACGCGAAAUACGGCAAAUUCGCCUACAGCGCCGCCUUCGCCUACUCCGUCUCCACCGGCUACCAAGAACUCGAGCAAUUCGUGCCAGAGUCGCAACUCGCCUUCUCCGACGACAGCGGCGAGCUGUGGAAGAUGCGAAGAGCGCUGAACGGGGACUCGUCGAUUGAGAACUUCGAUGGCGUGCCCGUACUGGUGUCGAGUAUGAAGCCCUGGGGCGAUGUGGAGAUUACGUCGUAUCUUGUGCCGCCGGCGGAAGAGACGCCGAACUGGCAUCUCCGCGUCCAUCGCGUGAUAUCUGGUCGCGAUAUCAAGAGCGCAGAGGGUGCGUGGGCUGUGUACGGAGCCCGUGAAUCAGACGGCCGUCUCCUUACUGAAUGGAACGGCACACUGCGUACACUAGACACGUCCAUCCCCGAGGGCGGCGCUUCAGACUCCACAUCCGCGUUCGCGGCUUCGCCCCGUACGGGCGCUGUGGGUAUCGCGGAUGUUUACCAGACGAACCGCGAGGGAAGUGUUAUUCUGGCUGAUGCGAAUAGUAAUCUGCAGGAGAGUAGGACGGUGUUGCCGGUUCUGCAGAAGGAUGUGAAAAAGGGGGAGACGGUGUGGUUUGUUACGGCGGUGUUUGCUAUGCCGGCUAGUAAAGAAGGGUGGAGGGAGAGUUGGAAGGAGGGCUGGGAGAAGAGACCGGCUGUGCCGGGGUGGGUGAAGAGUUUGAUGGAGAAGUAG